CAAUGUGCUCCGCCGCGAUCCGUCCUACCGACCGCGGUGCCUGGCAACAGAGAAGGACGUGAUGACGUCCUCCCCAGAUUGCGUAUUAUGGGAUGUGCGGAAUUAAACAACCCGAAGAGGACGCGGGGAAGCCAAAAAUAAUAAAAGAGACAGAAAUAAACGGGGUUGCAUGGUGAAGCAUGGAGCUCUCGGCUGUUGGUGAGAGCGUCUUCGCAGCCGAGUCCAUCAUUAAACGGAGAAUCAGACGGGGUCGCUGGGAAUAUCUCGUGAAAUGGAAGGGCUGGUCUCAGAAGUACAGCACUUGGGAGCCGGAGGAAAACAUUCUGGAUGCACGACUCUUCGCAGCCUUCGAGGAGAGGGAGCGCGAACGGGAGCUGUUCGGCCCGAAGAAGAGGGGACCCAAACCUGAGACGUUUCUCUUGAAGGCCAAAGCCAAAGCCAAAGAAAAGACGUAUGAAUUUAGAGGAGAGGCUCCCAGGGGGAUCCAGGUUUCCUAUCCCAUCCCGGAGCCUGUCAUAACACCGAGGGCCCGGGAGGGUUUACGCGCAGUGGUUCCCACCAUCUUCCCCCCGAGCGCGGUCAACAGAGGUGAGAGCGUCCACGUCAGACCGCCGGAGCCGGAGAGGAGGCCCAGGCCGGCUCCAGCAGCUGCUCUGACGCUCCAAGAAUCCGCCCGGCUCCCCAAAAAGAGAGGGCGCAAACCGAAGCUGCAUUUGCAUUACGACAGAGAUGAUGGAGGCAGCUCGGCCGAGCCGUGCGUCAAACGCAGCCGGCUGCUGGAGGAGCCGCUGCCGCACGGUCUGUCCAAAGCCCCCCGCCGCUUGCACCACCACGGAGAGACCUCGGACCACAGCCUCCUGCAGCUCACCAAGAGGUUCCAGGAGGAGACCACGAUAACACCCAAGCCCUGCGGCGAGCAGAGGCACGCGGGCUUGUCCUGCAGCUGCGCGUUCAAUCCAGAUGUGCGCAGGGGCGAGCACAGGACUAGUUGCGCGAACAGGGCGCCCCAGCACAGGAGGCCCGAGGAGCACCGGAGGCUCCAGCAGGUGCCGGAGCGCCGGCCGGGCCCUGCUCUCAUCCCGCCGCUGCAGGCCGAGGCCCUCCACGACUCCUCGCCCGCGGGACCGGCCUCGUCCUGGACGCCUUGUUACGCCAACGUGGACGCUGUGACGGUGACCGACGUCACCAUGAACUUCUUGACGGUGACGGUGAGGGAGAGCAACACGGACCAAGGCUUCUUCAGGGGGAAGAGAUGAGCCGACGAGCGCAUAAAUAUCGUGUAACAAGCUACUAACGAACAUGCCUACUGUAAGACUAUAUAUUUUUUCUAUGUAACUUUCAAACGUGUACAUACAGAUAUUUAAUACGCUACUGAGAACAUUAAAAACCAACGUGACAUCGUGAGUUUCAAGGUGUUUUUGUUGCUGCAAAAAAAAAGGAAAAAAAGAAAAGAAAAGAAAAAGAAAAAAGGCACAUUUCGACGUUUCUGUUCAGCCACUUCAUCACGAGCAAGUUCCCUAUACACUCUGUGGAAUAUUAACUUGGUUGUGACAGUUUUUUUAAAUCCAAUAAAACAAGAUUAGAAAUGUACACUUUUAUUGUUUGUUCACAUCUUCAGCCACCUGAGUAAUAAAGUUUAUAAAUUGGA